ACAGAGAACAAGUUAAUUAAGAGUGAGAGAAACACACACUUAUACAGUGUAAGAGGGAUCAAAGAUGUGUAGUGAACCUAGUCCUGUGGUCGGAGAAGAAACGAGAACAUCGAAGAGGAUCAAGAAGAGGAAACACAUAGCCAUGGAUGAUAGCUCUCCUUCGAAUCUUGAAACGUCUCGUAAGCAGAUCAGAACAAAAACAAAGAAACCCAAGUUCCUCAGUCUCAAGCUCGAACUCAACACGUCUCACGAGAUCGACGAGAGUCCCGAAACCACGACGAACAAGAAGAAGCAGAGCAAGACGAGAGGAGGUGCUGAGAAGAAGAGAGUGGAGACUGUGGGAGGAGGAGAGAAAGAAGAAGAUCAAUACGACACCGUGGCGGCUUACCUCUUCAACUCCACCACCGACAACAGCACAAUCUCUUCCAUCCACGAUCUGCUCCCUUCCUCCACCGCCGAUGUAGAUUGCGGCGGCGAAGGAAGGGACAUGUCGCCGUACGACAUUAAAGAGCAUGGAUCAACGUCUGCUUCUUCGCUUCUACGGACGGCGAUGAGGAAAGGAGCGAGCAAGGAGGAGACCACGGCGGAGCGGUGGGUGAGUUAUUCGGAGGUUGUGGACGAGGUGAUGAGUCGGAGCGGAACUCCGCGGUGUUGCGGCGGUGAUGGAAAGGACGGAAGGACUUCGCUGGCUCUGAAGCUUGAUUAUGAGGAGAUCAUGGAGGCUUGGCCGGAUAAAGGUACUCUUUAUGUCGACGGAGAACCGCCGCAGACGGUGCCGGACUUGCAUGCGUCUACGUAUGUGGUUACCGGCGGCGGAGAGGCAGGGAGUUUAUGGACUGUGCCGGAGAUGGAGACGACGGAGAGUUUAUGGAGAGGGCAUAGAGAAGCGAGCUUGCUACGGUAUAAAGAGAAACGACAAAGUCGCCUUUUCUCUAAGCGGAUUCGAUACCAAGUUCGUAAACUCAACGCUGAGAAACGUCCUCGUGUUAAAGGCCGGUUUGUGAAGAGAGACGAUUUGUAAACCACUAAUAAACAGAUGGUUUAGACUUGUGGUUUGUGGACAUACUAGUCUUAUAAAAUAACCAAUUGUGGCGGAUAUUUGGUACAAUAAUGUUAUUUUGUAACUUUUUGAGAAGUUAAGGCCAUAACCGGAGUAUACCGAGAAAUGAAAGGUGUUGGUUUGUAUAGGGUCUUGACCAGCUCGGUUAUGCGGAAGUUUCGGUUUGUUUGCCCGUUUAAGUUCAAUUAGUAGAAAAUCAACCAAUUCGCAACACAUACGAAUAACAAUAAUGGUAGUGGAUAUCCUCAAUUGAGUACUUCAUAUUUGUUGUUUUCA